AUGAACAAAAUCAACGAAAUACCACAGUUCCCUGAGGGGUUCAGAAUCGAAGCCAGCAAGAACCAGUACGAUGCCAGUAAAAUGUUCAUUGGUGGAAUCUCCCGCAGUAUCAGUAAGCAAGCUCUCUUCGAAUACUUGAAGCAAUUUGGUGAGAUCCUCGAUUUUAUUAUUAAAAUCCAUCCCGACACUGGAAUCACCAGAGGGUUUGGAUUUGUGCUUUUCAAAGAUAAUGCCACCAUUGAAAAGGUGCUCCAAGUUACAGAGCACAAAGUGGAUGGCAAAAAGAUCGAUCUGAAGCGGGCUAAAGCCCUGGAAUCGAAGUUCCCUUACAAAAAAGUUUUCGUUGGGGGGUUGAACCCUCAGCUGUCUGAAGAAAAAAUCCGAGAAUACUUUGAGGCAUUUGGCGUGAUCGAGAGUAUCGAGCUUCCGGUGUGUCCAAGAACAAAGGAAAGACGAGCUUUCUGUUUUAUCACCUAUACUGAUGAGACACCAGUCAAGAAGCUGUUAGAAACCAGGUACCAUCUAGUUGGCUCCGGGCGGUGUGAGGUUAAAAUUGCAUUCUCGAGAAAACAGGCGAAGGCAAAAUACAAGGCAGAAAGAGAUGGUCUAUUUACCAGGCUAGGCAACCGCUGGGGAGGAACAGGCUCCCAGGCAAACCCAAAUCCUUGCGGAAGAAAUCCAGAUCGUUACAGCGCAAAUCCAGAUCCUUGCGGAAUAAAUCCAAAUCCUUGCGGAAUAAAUCCAAAUCCUUGCGCAGUAAACCCAGAUCCUUGCGGAAUAAAUCCAGUUCCUUACGGAGCAAACCCAGAUCCUUGCGGAAUAAAUCCAGUUCCUUACGGAGCAAACCCAGAUCCUUGCGGAAUAAAUCCAGUUCCUUACGGAGCAAACCCAGAUCCUUGCGGAAUAAAUCCAGUUCCUUACGGAGCAAACCCAGAUCCUUGCGGAAUAAAUCCAGUUCCUUACGGAGCAAAUCCAAAUCCCUGCGGGAUCAAUCCAAAUCCUUGUGGAAUAAAUCCAGAUCUUCAUGGAAUAAAUGCAGAUCCUCGCAGAGUGAAUCCAGAUCCUUGCGGAAUAAAUCCAAGUCCUUUCGGAAUAAAUCCAAAUCUUUUUGGAAUAAAUCCAAAUCCUUGGGGAGCAAUUGCAAGUCCUUGUGGAGCAAGCCCAAAUGCUUUUGGAGCAAGCCCAAAUGUUUUCGGGGCAGUGGGAGGAGGCAGAAGCCCUUCUACGGUGUUUGUUCCUGUUCCCUUCUCUGCCAAUAAUGAAGGGUUUAAUUUUUCUGAUCAGAUGUAUGGUAAUGUCCACAAUCCCUACAAUGAUCAGCCAGUUUUUAAUACCUAUGGUGGAGAAUAUUUUCCUGGCUGUACCAGUGGGCCACAGGCGUUUGGAAAUGCAUUUACUAAUUACAAUGUACAAAUCAACCAAGCGGCUCCCUAUGGUAGUGGUUACCAGGGAAUUUAUCAGCCUUUCUGA